AUGGGAAGAAGCCCUUGUUGUUCAAAGGAGGGGUUGAACCGUGGUGCCUGGACAGCUCAGGAAGAUAAAAUCCUCCUAGAGUAUAUUAAUGUCCAUGGCCAUGGAAAAUGGAACAGGCUUCCCCAAAGAGCAGGAUUGAAACGUUGUGGUAAAAGUUGCAGACUUCGAUGGUUAAAUUAUCUUAGACCAGAUAUUAAGCGAGGCAAUAUAUCCCCGGAUGAACAAGAACUUAUCAUCAGACUUCACAAGCUCCUCGGAAACAGGUGGUCUCUAAUAGCUGGAAGGCUUCCGGGACGAACAGACAACGAGGUAAAGAAUUACUGGAACACCAAUUUAUGUAAAAAAGUUAAAGAAGGUAACUUCAGAAGCAUUCGGACUGAAAAGAACACGCAGAAAACAAAACCUCAGUGUCCCUCACUCUCAUCAUCUCCUAAUGAGUCUAAGCUAGACUCCUUUGUGAUCCGUCCAAAGGCAUCUAAGUGUUCUAAGUUGUUGUCCGUAGAUACACUCCCUCUCUCAUCAAUGCAAUUGAAUAGCAUGUCUAUGGCAGAAAUAGAAGCACAACCAGAGCCAUUGCUUGUGGAUGACGCAGCCAAUAAUUCAACCGGUGUGUAUGAUGAUGGAGUUUUGUCAUUUCCCAAUGUUGAAAAAGAACUCUCAAAGGAUUUGCUCUUAGAUUUUGACAUUGGAGAGAUUUUCUUACCUGAUCUUCUCAACUCGGGUUUCUCAGAUAUAUGUGAUUUCAGUUACAACAACAACAACCACGAGGAUCUAUUGCCUUUUUCGAACCAACAUCUCGUGUCCUCUCUUGAAAACCUCCACGACAAGGACACGGAGAUGCUUAUGUGA